AUGAGGUUUCGAUUUAAUCAUCUCGCUCCCAAUGAGGUACCCGUCGCACAAGAUUCACCUCCUGCCUUAUCUAUGGAUGAAGAGAAAUUACCAACGACCACAACCGACGCUCUCCCAGAAAACCAUAACGACACUACUAACAAAGAAUCUCAACAUGGGGUUCAAGCAGCCGAGGCUAUCACUCAAGUAUGGACUAGAAAUCAUUUGAUUUUAGCUUAUGUUCUAAUUUGGAUCAUUGAAUUUAUGCUAUCAUUCGCUUCCGGUAUAACUGGCACACUUACUCCCUACGUGACGUCGUCCUUCGAAGCACAUUCACUCACAGCAACAACCUCCAUUAUCUCUGGUAUCAUCGCUGGUCUCAUCAAACUUCCAUAUGCAAAGCUUAUGGAUAUUUGGGGUCGUCCUCAAGUCUUUUGUCUUAUGGUCGCUUCAUGGACCCUUGGAAUGGUCAUGACGGCGGGAUGUAAUGAUGUUAAGACAUAUUGUGCAGCUCAAGUGUUCUACAAUAUUGGAUACAAUGGAAUUGAUUUUACCCUUACCAUUUUCAUCGCCGAUACCACACAAUUGAAGAAUCGAGCUUGGUGGAUUGCAUUCUCAUCUUCGCCAUGGAUCGCAACCGUUUGGGCAUAUGGACCUGCUGCCGAAAGUAUUUUAAAUACAAUUGGAUUUAGAUGGGGUUUCGGUAUUUGGGCCAUCAUUUUUCCAAUCAUUUGUAUACCUUUAUUCGGACUCUUCUAUUUCAAUCAGAAGAAAGCAGAAAAGCAGGGUUUAAUUCAAAAAGUCGAAAGUGGAAGGACUUGGACCGAAUCAGUUCUCUAUUAUUGUAGAGAGUUUGAUGUUAUUGGUCUCUUAUUGAUCGCUACUGGUCUUGCACUUUUUCUUCUUACAUUUAGUUUGUACAGUUAUCAGAAAGGUGAAUGGAAGUCUCCAUUGGUUAUUUGUUUUAUUAUCUUUGGUGGACUUUUUAUCAUUGCUUUCGCUCUGUACGAAAUAUAUAUUGCGCCAGUGACGUUCAUUCCUUGGGCUUUAAUGAAGGAUCGUACUGUGAUCUUCACUUAUACGAUGGUUGCCAGUCUUUAUUGUGCAUGGUACAUAUGGGACUCUUACUUCUACUCUAUGCUCAUUGUCGUCUUCAACCAAUCAAUCACAAAUGCUUCCUAUAUCUCGAAUAUUUACACUGUCGGAUCCUGUUUUUGGGCUCUCGUUAUUGGAGUUGUGAUUAGAUAUAAUGGUCGUCUUAAAUGGUUGGCUCUAUAUUUUGGUGUACCCCUCACCAUUUUAGCUGUCGGCCUCAUGAUCGAAUUCCGUCAACCCGAUACCAAUAUUGGUUACAUAGUGAUGACUCAAAUCUUCAUUGCAUUUGGUGGUGGAACUUUGGUUAUCUGUGAACAAAUGACCGUUAUGGCCGUAUCAUCUCAUAAACACAUUCCAGCCAUUCUAGCAAUGGAAGCUAUGAUCUCAAGUAUUGGUGGCGCCAUUGGAUCUACUAUCGCUGCUGCACUUUGGACUGGAGUAUUUCCUGUUAAGCUUGCUGAACUUUUACCAGCAUCUUCUCAAGCUGACUUUGAUACUAUUUAUGGUAGUUUGACGGUUCAGUCAAGUUAUGCAGUUGAAAGUGACACAAGAAAUGCGAUUGACCAAGCUUAUGGGGAUACUCAAAGGUUGAUGUUAAUUUGUGCUACUUGUCUUUAUUCAAUUACUCUUGUUUCAACCAUGUUGUGGAAGGAUAUUAAUGUUAAGGAUAUGAAGCAAAUUCGUGGUCGUAUCUGGUGA